ACUCUUUCUCUCUCUCUCUCUCUCUCUCUCUCUCUAAAGCAAACUUGCCAAUCAUUUCCAAAGAGAGACCGCUUGCUCAGUCUCUGUUAUUGCAAUACACAUUACAUAUACGGCUCUCUCUCUCUCUCUCUCGUUGGACUGUUGGAGAUAAAGGUCAUUUCGUCAUUUGCUUAAGUUUUGGCGGAAGUUCUGAUUUCUUAGCAGUAAAAAGCCUGUUCAUUUUGUGGCCAUGGCAACAAAUGAAAAUCUUCCUCCCAAUGUCAUAAAGCAACUUGCCAAGGAGUUGAAGAAUCUUGAUGAAUCCCCGCCUGAGGGUAUAAAAGUAGGAGUCAAUGAUGAUGACUUUUCAACCAUAUAUGCUGAUAUUGAAGGCCCAGCGGGGACGCCAUAUGAGAAUGGUCUUUUCCGUAUGAAGCUGUUACUGUCUAGUGACUUCCCACACUCUCCACCCAAAGGGUACUUCCUGACAAAGAUUUUCCAUCCAAAUAUUGCAACCAAUGGUGAUAUUUGUGUCAAUACGCUGAAAAAGGACUGGAAUCCAAGUCUUGGACUACGACAUGUUCUCAUUGUAGUGAGGUGUUUAUUGAUUGAACCAUUCCCAGAAUCAGCCUUAAAUGAACAGGCUGGCAAAAUGCUACUUGAAAAUUAUGAGGAAUAUGCUAGACAUGCCAGGCUAUACACUGGAAUUCAUGCUAAAUCAAAACCUAAAUUCAAGUCAGGAGCUAUUUCUGAGUCAACUACGGCUUUGAAUUUUGAUCAAAGUAAUUCCUCAGUUCUCAACAGUGACCAGAAGAACAAAGCAGUCAGUACUGCAAUAGCGUUGCCAUCCCCAUUGGCUCCUUGUACAACAGUUACAAAAGGAGGAAAUGGUCAGGAUCAGCCGGCCAUUGUUGCUCCAGUGCCUGAGACAGGAGCUGGAGGAUCUGUGACAGUCGCAACACCAGCAAUCAGUACUCCGAAGAAGGAAGGUGGAACAGCAAAAGUUCAGCUAGACAAGAGAAAAAUGGAUGCAAGGAAGAAGAGCUUAAAGAGAUUGUAAUCAAUGGAGAGGCGCCAUGUAAGUGAUGGGAAUGGGUCUGAUGUAAGGAAUAUUUCCGUUGGGAGAAAGUGAAGGAUUAAAUUAAACCCUCUUCUCUUUAAUUCAUUUGCAUUGUGGUUUCUAAAGAAAAAGGAAAACCCCUUUAUUUCA